CGAGUACACAUGAAAUCAUUACAUGCUGAAGUUCACACUAUAAUUAGUCUACUCCAUGAUCUGUGAGAGGUCUUUCACCUGAGUGCUACAUUCUGAUUCCCUGUGAAUAUAAAAACCCCUCCUUGGACCUGCUGCCACCAUUUGCCUAUUGUGCAGUGUGAACCCCUCCGAAGCCAUGGCCAUGCUCAGAGUGUCUUCUUACCGCAGACUGUUUGAGGAGGAGAACUGGAGUCGGAAUGGAGGAUUGGGUUGUGCAGGGCAGUACCGGGCCUCCGUCAGGACUGCGGCUGUUGACAAGUGUGAUUGUGACAAACUAGAUUUUGUUGCCGCAAAGGCGCUCAACAAGGAUGGUCUGAACCGGUUCAUCCAGGACCGCACCAUCAUCGCUGCCCUCAAUGACCGCCUGGUCAGGCUUAUUGAGCUGGCUCAUUGUUUUGAGGAGGAGAAUGAGUCUCUUGAAUGUCAGAUUGUUGAUCUAGAGGAGAAGCUAACCAGACGACCAGCCUCCUCCAGCAUCACUUCUACGAGGUUUGAGCCUGACUACAGUCUGGAUGCGGUGGUGGAGAGAUUGCGCAGAGAGAGGGAUGAGAUUCUGUGUGAGACGGAGGAGCUACAGAAAGAGCUUGAACGUUUGAUGAAAGAGUACGAGAAGGCAGCACAGCAGAGAAUCCUCCUUCAGCAGGGACGACAAGAUGUUGCUGAGAAAGUGGACACUGUGACAGCGGAGUGUUUGGCACUGAGGGAGCAAGUGGCUAUCUAUGAGGAGCAGCUGGCUAACAUGGAGGCCCAGCAUAGCACGGCAGUGCAGAGUCUGCUGCAUCCAGCUGAACAGACGACAGGAGCCGUGGCGGCUAUUAAAUUUGGCAGCCCUGACAUCGCUCCGGCCUUGGAUGUAAAGGCGUACUACUGCCAGCUGGCUGAGAGCCUCCAGUUUGAGAGUUCAGCCUCUUCUGCCGUCGUUCCGAGCGGUGAAGGAAAACAAAUGGAAGUGGGAGGUGCUGCAGGGUCAACAGUCAAAAACCUGCCAAAGAUAACGGACAUCAGUGAGAUGAAGACGCUGAUAUCUGAGCUGCAAAAGGAGCUCGCUGGGCUUGAAAAGUGUAACGAGGAGCUGGAGGACGAGGUUGAGAUGAAGAGAGCUGCGUACAUGGACCAGAUCGCUGAGCUGGAGAGUACUAUUGAUGAAAUGCAAAACCAGGAGGCCGACUUCCAAGUGCAAAUGAGGGAGCAGUGUGAAGACUACAAGGAGCUGCUGUGUGAGAAGAUGGCCAGAGACAUGGAAAUCACCGCCUACAGGAGUCUGGUGGAGGAAGAGGAGGAGAGGCUUUGUAACCUGUGACUUGAUGCUUGGAGAGUUCUGCUGGAUUCUCUGCAGCACACAGAUUACAAAAUACCCCCAAAAAAUAAAGAGAAAUGCUCACUCAGCCGGCACUAGGAUGAAGCUUGUGGAACCAAUGCAGCAAUUUAAGCAGAUGUAAACUUAUCAUGACAGAUUAAUAACGUCUGGAGGCCUAAUCUGGUCUGUUGAUAACAGGUCACAGGCAGAUGACCCUGAGACUCCAAGAAAGAUGAAGCUGUCCAAAACUGGUGGGAGGUCGAAGGCGGACUGCGCAAUGAGUGUGUACCCGUUAAGUGUCUGGCAGGGAUGUUUCCUUAAGUGGGUUUUAUCUCAACUUAGCUCUCUGAUAUGAUUCAUAAAUGUUUUGUCCGCGCUUUGUUGAACAAAUCCCACACAGACACACAAACACACAAACACACAGACACACAGACACACACACACUAAAGCUGAGCGGCCACCUCGUCCAUCACUCAAACUUUGUCUGAUUACCGGCUCUUAACCUUUGACUCCUUCACUGUUAACAAACAUCUCGUCAGCUCUAAACUCAAAGCAUCUCACCUUCCUCUUGCUUUUACAGUUGUGCAUACAUGUUGGUUUUUUACAUAUAGUUAAAGUCAAACCGUUCAGAGCACUGUUUGCUUUUCAAAUGGCUCAUGAAGUUGUUUUACCGCUGCUCUGACAAAGUGAGCACCUGGAUCUUUCUCUGAGAAAAGUCGGUGUGAUCCAUCAUUUCUUCUCUGCAAUGUCCCAGUAUACAAGGGUUUGGUAACACAUUCCUCUAUAAUCUUUUCCUUAUAUUUUACAUGACUUAAAAGUGUCUGUAAUAAAUCAUUUUUUGCUUUUUGCUCUUCUGCACAAUCAUCAGAGUGUGCCUUAACUUUAAAUUCAAUAAAAGUAGUUGCUUGAGAGAUCACCUCA